GCUCACAUAUCGGUACUAAACCAGUAUACCAGUCCUUAGAAAAAGAACAAAUAGGUACUGACCGCGCUACCGCUAGUUAACAAGGCUUUUAUUUUUAGUACUACACGGUACUACCCAGGUUUGAAAUUAUUGCGCGAAAUGCAAUCCGCAACCAGUACCAGUACGAUCCGUACCAUUUGAUAGAAAUUUGUCAACGCAAGGGGGUUCGGUAAAUCUAGUCAUUAGUGGUUCCUAAUCUUAAUGAACAUUUAAACUCUUUUUUUGUUAUUAUUGUGUAGUGAUUUGUUGAAAAUAACAAAUUAGUUGAGUUUAUUCUGGUAAUCAAUCAACAAACUACUCAAGUGGUGGCCCGCUGCGCUAGUGAAUGGUGCUUGGUGCUUCUGGUACAGACAAACUGUCCAUCCGCCUAGGUGUGCAUAUAUCUAGCUAGUGGCGUGUAGUAGUUCACAAGACAUUUUUUUCAAAAUGUCGUGCUGAAAUAAAGACGUGAUGGCUGUGUAGCUCGUGAAUGCUUUUGAAGGAUUGUGGAUAGUGCAUAAGUGGAAAUAUUCGACAGUUUGAUGACAAAGGCGGCCAUGCUGCUGCAAGCCGUCAAAAUCUACUGGAAAACCCUAUUUGUUCUAAUUUACCCAUUAGUAUUAUUACCAGUUUUUUUGACGAACAAUACAUCAGCCUUCAGAUGUCUUUACGUGGUGCUUCUCAUGGCAGGCUACUGGGUCUUCGAGGUUCUUCCUCUUCCAGUAACAUCUCUAAUCCCAAUGGUCCUCUUUCCUCUCAUGGGAAUUCUCGACUCAGAUCAAACUUCGCUUUGCUAUCUCAAAGAAACCAAUAUGAUGUUCGUCGGUGGCCUUAUCAUCGCCAUAGCUGUAGAACAUUGUAACUUACAUAAGAGGGUUGCACUCUACGUUAUUAGGUUGGUAGGGUGCAGCCCUAGGAGACUAAAUAUUGGCCUUUGCUCGGUUACCAUGUUGGUAUCCAUGUGGAUUUCUAAUACCGCUGCAGCAGCUAUGAUGAUACCGAUCAUAGAAGCGACACUAUCAGCCUUAGAGGAGCAAGGAAUUGGCGAAGUAUUUGAACGAAACGAUCUCGAAGGUGACGAAAUAGCUGUAGAAAAUAGUGAUAUAGAAAAUAAGAGGCCUACCAGAACCACUAUGUGUUAUUUUAUCUCCACUGCCUACGCUGCUAGUAUUGGAGGAAUGGGAUGUAUAAUUGGAUCUGGAACCAAUUUGACAUUCAAAGGACUGUAUGAAACUUAUUUCCCAGAGAGUCCAGGUGUUGAAUUUACAAAAUGGAUGAUUCUCAACGUCCCCCUCAUGUUAAUGAUGAUGUAUUUAGGUAUUAUCUGGAUGCAGUUCUGGUUCAUGGGUCUCUUCAGGCCGAACUCAGUAGACGCAAAAAAGAUCAGAGUCGGUCAGCAAGGUGAAGCUGUAGCCAAAAAGUUGAUCAACCACCAGUUGGAGCAACUUGGACCAAUGUCCUUUCACGAAAAGGGGAUUGGGCUGUGUUUCUUGUUGUCCAUAAUCUUGUGGUUCUUCAGAAAGCCUCAGUUCGUUCCUGGAUGGGCUGAACUUAUCACUGAUCAUAAGGUGAAAGAUGCAACUGCAGCUUUGAUAGUAGUAAUGAUCAUGUUCAUCGUUCCCUCAAAACCCGAUUUCAUCUACAUUUUCAGUGGUAAUGAUCAGAAGAGGCCGAAAGUUCCUUCAACAGCUCUCAUCUCGUGGAAGAUCGUCCAACAAAAAAUGCCGUGGGGACUUCUGUUUCUUCUUGGAGGUGGUUUCGCCAUGGCCGAAGGUUCCAAAGCUAGUGGAAUGAGUCAUAUGAUCGCUCAACAUUUGAGAGGGUUCACCUCGUUAAAUAAGUAUUACGUAAUGUUAAUUUCUGGUUGUAUGGGAGCUAUGCUGACGCAGUUCUCCAGUAACGUAGCUUGUGCCAAUGUUCUUCUUCCAGUGUUAGCAGAGAUGUCUGUGGAUGCCAGAAUUCACCCGAUGUAUCUCAUGAUGCCUGCUGCUCUCUGCUGCUCAUUUUCAUACUGUCUUCCAGUAUCAACACCACCAAAUGCAAUCGCUAAGGCUCCCUGCAACAUGCCUUCCAGUGAGAUGUCCAAAGUUGGCAUUGGGAUGACGAUAAUUUCUCUGCUCGUCCUUUUUACUGUCUUCCCGUUCUAUGGCAAGCUCAUCUGGGACUUCGACACUUUCCCGGAGUGGGCGGAGCUUAACUCACCUUAGUUUAUCAAUUAUUAGGAGUUUUUGUCCGGUAUUUUGUGGGAUAAAUUGGGUAAUUGCGUCUAACAAUGUGGAAUAAAGUAUACUUGCGUUAAGAAAAAUUUAGCAUGCAGUAUUUAUUUUAUAACUAAAGGCAAACAGGAAACAAGAUUAUUAUUUAUAGACCGUCAGAUUUCAAUAGAAAUUCGGUAACGAUUUUUAUCCCUUCUGUCUUUAAAACUACCUCUUCUUCUUUUUCUGUAGACAUGACUCUGAUUUUUCAAUUUUUGUCCAGUAAGUUGUCGAUAUAUCGUUUUCGUGGUCUUCCCACUGAUCGUCUUUCUAUUGGGGCAUUGGGGAACUGUUUCUCGCCGUCCUUACUACUCUAUUUUUUUUGUUAUCAUGUGGUUUAUGUGGUUGUUUUAUUCUAUUCAUCGAUUUCUUACCCAAGUAUUCAUGUUCUGCACCUUGCAUAUCUGUCGUAUAUCUGUAUUUCUAGCUAUUGUUAAUUAUUUUAGUCCUCCCUGUAUCAGGUCGUGUUUCUGCCUUUCAUUUCUUUUCCGAUAAUUUUAUUUCUUCAUAUCUUUUCACUCAGGCAACCUGCGAUUUUGUUUUCUCCUUUCUUGAUCUUUUACUUCUGUUUCGAGCUUUCCGUAGCUAGAUAAUGUGAUGCCUAGAUAUUUGAACUCCAUCACUUUCUCUAUUAUUUGACCCUCCAGCUCUAUUUACAUCUUAGUAGAUUUGCUCUUAUAACCAUGAAUUUUGUUUUUUUUUGGAGAAAGUAAUGUGAUAAAUUUUCUAGCGGUUAUAUUGAAUUGGUGCAGGGUGCAGCAUACAUACAUUGUAAAUCAACUUCAAUUUGAGAGAUAAAAACUCUGCGGUUACCACAGCCGGACCCAAGCCCGCAUAAAAUGUGGAAGGUGAUUGGCAAGGUUAGUACUACUCAAAUAAACAUGCGAAGCCUUUGAGAGUACUAAAACAUGAAAUCGGGGAGAGUAAUGUAUGUGAAAACUGUAGAGUUUCCUGAAAUUGAGUUUUUUUUUUGUAAAAGAAUCGCAUGUGCUGCGGCUAUUUUCUCCGUUGUGUUAUUUUACGAAUCGAUAGAAGAGUAUUGAUUCUAUAAGGUAUGGGCGUCGGUUGUCAUAGGUAUUUUCAAGAUUCUUCUAUAAAGCCAGAUUUCAAAGCUUCUAACUUAUUCAUCAGCGUUAUAUUAAGUGUCCAGACCUCGCCGUUCCAUACAAAAGUAUUGACCAUACAUAGCAUUGCAGAAAACGAUAUCUAAGGCUUAUAUUAAUGCUACUGUUACAAAAUAAGCUUUUCAUUUUGAUAAAGCCUGGUCAGGCUACUUCUGUUCUCACUCUUACUUUUUGAUUAUAAUCAACUUGAUUGUUGAACCAGCAGCCAAGAUAUUGUUUACGUAUUCAAGCUGUUGGUGGUUCACAUAAUAUAUUGGAAGGGGUAACUUUUUGUUCCUUGAUAUUUUUAUAACUUUGGUUUUUAGUAAUUCAUUUUCAUCCCCAUUUUUUCACAACUCUCAGUAACUUUAUAUAGUAUCUGGAGACUGUAGUCAGAAUCGGUCAUUAAAACAGCGUCAUCUGCAUAGCGGAUGUUAUUUACUCUUUGACCGUUUAUCUUGAUUCCUUCUGAAGAGUGCGAUAAAGCGUUCGCAAAUGUUACCUCAGAGUAAACGUUAAAAGUAUCGGUGAUGGCAUACCACCGGUGAUGGCCUACCACUCUGAUACCUAGUUCUAUUUCCAUUGGCUUUGACGUAUUCAACUCCAACUCUAAAUUUUCUUUUUUUUUGCUUAUAUUAUAUUCCCAGUACACAAAAAGGCACAAGAGAAAAAAUCGUGGUUGAACUUCGUAGUGAAAUCAAGAUUAUUAAAAUAGGUAAUGGUAUCUAAAGUAGUUUAUAUUUACUAUAUUUUUAUUUGUUUCCAAUUGAAAUGUGUGUAUUUUACUAUUUUUUUUUUCGUUAGGCCAACGUUCCUGGUCUUACAGUAUUUUAUAACUAUAGUAUAUCCCCAAAAUGCCGGUUAAACAAAUAUAUUAGCAAUAUUUUUAUUUAUUUCUCAUAUUUUUCAAUUCCAUAAUCAUCAUUUUGUCUUUCCAGAACAUAGAGGAUCUCAAAUAUAUCGAAAACUCGGAGUAAUAUUAUCUUUCUAAAUACAGAAGAAAGUAAUUAGGGACAACAGGCACAAUAACUAAACCUCAUACUUAUACUUUAUUUAUUUAUAAAGAAUACUGCUCACCUUUUACUCCAAAUUUCUACAUAUUUAUAUAAUGGAACAAAGAAAAAUUAUGAGGCCAUAAAAUUAACACCAGACGGUUAUGGGCAAUAUAGACAAUAUAGAUUGGAACAAAAUAUGAAAUAUCUAUGUUGCUCUUGAACAUAAUUUUAAAGGACCUUUUGACUUAUGAUAAUAUGUCUGAGAAUUUAUAGGAUAUGAAGCUUCCUGCCCUAAAUAAAGACUCUACAAAAAUUUGGCCUGGACUAGAAAGGAACCAAACACAUUUUUUUGGUUAACUAAUUCAAAAUCAAAUGAGAAAUAAAUACCAGAACAUAAAAUAAGAUGAGUUCCUCAAAUAAAGAAUGGUGGCUUCUUCAGCCAACGAGGAUUUUUUUUGCCAACAGUUACAUAAAAUAACUGAGGGUGCACUUGUUUUAAAUUGCUCAACUCUUAGUUUUUACCAGAUUUUGUCAGUGUUAGUUAUUUUAAAGAUUUUUCACUAUUAAAAUUGUCAGAUAUUUACAAAACUAAAAAUAUUAAAAGUAAAACAAUAAUUGAUUGAAAUAUUGUUUAAAUAUAAGCAAGUCAACAAAAAUUUUUCGGUUUAAAAUAACAUUAGCUUAAAAAAACAGUUUUCCAAAUAAAGUUAUCAUUCCACUAAUCGUAUUGACAAUUGACUACGAUAAGUUUAUUACAGCAAAACCGAAUCAUUUUAGUAUUUUUUGUUCUAUACCUAAUAUAGGUAUCCUUCAUUUAUCGUGACUAGACAUCUCGUAACGCGACAGUUCGUAAACCCACAAAUGGUAACAGACUAUUCGUAACGCCAUCAAAUCGUAACGGCGACAAGAUAAAAAAUCUAAAAAACAUUAUUGAGUUGUCAUAUUAACAAGAAUAUGUACAAAAAUAUGUGUGAAAUAUAUUUUAAAAAAAGUGGUCCUAAAAGAGUACCUUCACUUUUAGUAUAGGAAUGUAUGCAAAAUGCGUUUUUGUGUAAAUUCAGUAAUACUAAAUUUGCUAAAAAAAAAUUAAUUAUGGCGUUACGUUAAAAAGUAUAGUUACGAACUGUCGACGUUGCGAAGUGUCGCCGUUACGAAUUGACGGCGUUACUAUUUGUGGAGUUACGAACUGUCGCGUUACGAGAUGUCAUGGAACCUUCAUUUAUAUGUGCUCGAAAUAAUUGUAAAUCAAUUUUAAAACUGUCUAAUGUUAGCAAUUCGUUGUUAAAAUUUAAAUGCGUAUUUUUGUUGCCACUAGAAUAAAUGUUGGUGGAAUGCAUUCGGGAAGAGUGUAAAAAAAGUACGAAGUGAGAUAUUUUAUAGUAUUUUUAAUGGAUCAUUCAAAUUUUAAAUCGUUCUAAAUAAUUUUAUUAAUAAUACGAAUAUCUAUUCAUAUUAUUAUUUAAGCGAAAAUUUAUUUAAUAUUUAUUAAACAAUUGUGAACUUAGUAUUAAGAACAAAAUGUAUUUUUAUCUAAAAAUAAAUAAUAAAACUAA